CCAGAGAGAUAGUGUGUAUAUAUAACGAAAAGCCAACUUGACAAUUCUGUCAGAGAGCAAGAGAUAACAUAUUUUUUCCAUCACAGUAUCAACACCAGUUUGCAUUCAUUCUGAAUAAUAGGUUUUUUGUGUUGUUUUUAAUUGCGUGUACGGUGAAAACGGCUAACUCAUCAAAAAGGAAACAAUGGCAACGCAUCAAAAAAUGGUUUUGUUUUCCAAUCAAUUGCUGUCAGCUUCAAAUAUGAACAUACUGAGAUCGGCAUCAUGGUUCACUGGCGUCAAAAUGGGACCACCGGAUGCGAUCUUAGGCAUCACCGAGGCAUACAAACGUGAUUCCAAUCCGCAAAAGGUCAACCUUGGAGUGGGUGCUUAUCGUGACGAUGCCGGCAAGCCAUUCAUUUUGAGUACGGUGUUGAAAGCUGAGCAAAAGAUUUUGGACAAGAAAUUGGAUAAGGAAUAUUCGGCAAUCGGGGGCAAUGCUGAUUUCUGUAAACUCUCUUACGAAUUGGCAAUGGGUGAUGGAACGUACGGCGACAAUGUCUUUACUGUUCAGAGCAUUAGCGGUACUGGAGCGUUGAGACUGGGAGGGGCAUUCUUGAACGGAUUCUGGGAGGGAAAUAGAGAAGUUUAUUUGCCAUCGCCAACAUGGGCCAAUCACAUACCAAUCUUUCAACAUUCCGGUUUGAAGGUCAAUACGUAUAAGUACUACCACCCCGAAACGUGUGGUCUCGAUUUCAAAGGAGCCAUUGAAGAUAUUAACAAAAUUCCCCCGAAGUCAAUCAUUCUACUUCAUGCAUGCGCUCAUAAUCCGACCGGUGUCGAUCCGAAGCCAGAGCAAUGGGCCGAGCUAUCCGAACUAGUUAAAAAGCGUAAUCUUUUCCCAUUUUUCGACAUGGCGUAUCAAGGAUUUGCCAGUGGUGACUGUGUCAAAGAUGCAUUUGCUGUACGUCUGUUUGCGAAAGAGGGACACCAUUUGGCGUUGUGUCAGAGCUAUGCCAAAAAUAUGGGUCUUUACGGUGAACGAUCUGGCGCAUUUUCACUGUUGCUUGGCGACAAAGACGAAGCCGACCGUUGCCUAUCGCAAAUGAAAAUUCUCAUUCGACCGAUGUAUUCCAAUCCACCGAUUCAUGGCGCCCAUAUCGUUCGAGAAAUUCUUAGCGACAAGAGUCUCCGGUCCGAGUGGUUGGUAGAGGUCAAAGGCAUGGCCGAUCGAAUCAUUUCGAUGCGUACAGCCCUCAAAAACAAUCUCGUCAAAUUGGGAUCGACUCGAUCAUGGGAACACAUUACCGAUCAAAUUGGAAUGUUCUGCUACACUGGCUUGAAGCCCAAUCAGGUGGAGAGAAUUACCAAAGAGUUUAGCAUCUACUUAACGAAAGAUGGACGGAUUUCGAUGGCUGGCAUGACAUCGAAGAAUGUGGAAUAUGUAGCUAAGGCUAUGCACGCAGUUACUGCUUAAACAUACGCAAUGGGAAAAACUGAAACAUAUCUUAACGCAGCGGAAUUUGUAAAACAAAAAUGUUAAUUUUGAUAUGGUUACUCUUAUGAUUAAAUCAACGCAAAAAACGAA